AUGAAAGAGACAGAGUCAACGCCUCUGCUGCUGCAAUACACGCGCUGCAGCAGCAAACACAGAUGGCAGCAGCAGCAGCAGCAGCAGCAGCAACAGCAGCAGCAGCAACAGCAGCAACAGCAGCAGCAGCAGACUUGGGAGAAUGGCGGGAGGCUUCUUUUGGUUCCGUUCGCUGCAGCAGCUGAUGCAGCAGGUAUUAUGAUAUUUCUUCUACAGCAGCAGCAGCAGCAACAACAGCAGCAGCAGCAGCAACUGCAGCAGCAGCAGCAACCACAGCAGCAGUAG